GCUCCCCUUCCUCCCUCACUGGCGCAACACAUAAAACAGCCGCUCUGUGUUCCAGUUUCCGCCUAUCUCUUCCUCAUAAACUCGGCACCCCUACCACCGUAAUCAACUGUCAUGCGAGGAAAAGCUUCAGAGUUCCAUCAAAUUUGCGGGCUGCUGCCGUUGAAUCGGCUGAGACGGAUGCGAAAGGAGUCAUAGAGAGUCUAUUUUCAAAUACGGCUGGCAGUGAAUCCGAUCAAUGGAGCCGCCGGAACAAGCAAUCUGGUUCUGGUGCGUCCGGCAUUUCUUCCGGGGUCAAGCUGGAGAAUAUCAGCAGGACCUAUAAAGGGAUCACUUUGUUGAAAGAUGUGAGUUGGGAGGUGAAGAGGGGCGAGAAAGUAGGGCUGGUUGGUGUAAAUGGGGCAGGUAAGACGACGCAGUUGCGGAUUAUUGCUGGCCUAGAAGAACCAGAUUCUGGAAAUGUGAUCAAGGCCAAACCCAAUAUGAAAGUUGCAUUUCUAAACCAAGAAUUUGAGGUGGAAGCAUCAAGGACAGUAAAGGAAGAGUUCUUAAGCGUGCUGAAGGAGGAAAUGGAGGUGGCGUCGAAGCUGGAGAAGGUCCAGCAAGCGAUAGAAGAAUCCGUUGAUGAUUUGGAGUUGAUGGGAAGACUUUUGGAUGAGUUUGAUUUGCUGCAGAAGAGGGCACAAGCUGUGGACCUGGAUGAAGUUGAUGUUAAGAUUAAUAAGAUGAUGCCUGAGCUAGGGUUUACUCCUCAAGAUGCUGAUAGACUUGUUGCCUCAUUCAGUGGUGGGUGGCAAAUGAGGAUAUCACUUGGGAAGAUUCUCCUACAGGACCCAGACAUAUUACUUCUGGAUGAACCCACAAACCAUCUUGAUCUUGAUACAAUUGAGUGGCUUGAGGGUUAUCUCGAUAAGCAAGAUGUGCCAAUGGUUAUAAUAUCACAUGACCGGGCAUUCCUUGAUCAGCUGUGUACAAUGAUUGUGGAGACUGAUAGGGGCGUUUCCAGGACGUUUGAAGGAAACUAUUCAAAUUACAUUAUUGAAAGGCUUGCAUGGGUUGAAGCUCAGUUUGCAGCAUGGGAAAAAAACCAGAAGGAAAUAGAGAAAACAAAAGGUUUGAUUAACAAAUUGAGCGCAGGAGCGAAUUCGGGCCGUGCAUCUACUGCUGUAAAGAAGCUGGAAAAACUUGAGGAAGAGGAAAAAGUUGAUAAGCCAUUUAUUCGGAAGCAAAUGAAAAUAAGGUUCCCUGAACGGGGAAGAAGUGGAAGAUCUGUUGUGACGAUAAAAAAUAUGGACUUUGCUUAUGAUGACAAGGUCCUUCUGAAAAAUGUUAAUUUAACAAUUGAAAGAGGAGAAAAAAUUGCCAUUAUCGGUCCAAAUGGGUGUGGAAAGAGUACUUUACUACAAUUGAUUAUGGGUUUAAAGACCCCAACCAAGGGUGAAAUCUUGCUUGGGGAUCAUAAUGUGUUACCAAACUACUUUGAACAGAAUCAGGCCGAAGCACUUGAUUUGGGUAAGACAGUAAUAGAAACUAUAUCUGAAGCUGCUGAGGACUGGAGACUAGAUGAUAUUAAAGGACUUCUUGGCCGUUGUAACUUUAAAGCUGACAUGCUUGAUAGGAAGGUUUCGGUUUUGAGUGGUGGUGAGAAGGCGCGCCUUGCCUUUUGCAAAUUCAUGGUGAUACCAUCCACUUUUCUAGUACUGGAUGAGCCGACCAAUCAUCUAGAUAUUUCAUCGAAAGAGAUGCUUGAAGAGGCGAUUACUGAAUACCAGGGUACUGUCAUUACCGUGUCACAUGAUCGAUAUUUCAUAAAGCAAAUUGUUAACAGAGUUUUGGAAGUAAAAGAUGGGGCUUUGCAGGACUAUGAUGGGGAUUAUGAAUACUAUUUAGAGAAGAACUUGGAGGCCAGGGAAAAGCAAUUAGAGAGGGAGGCAGAGCUGGAUGAGAAGUCCCCCAAAGCUAAAUCCAAGACCAAAAUGUCAAAGGCAGAGAAGGAAGCACGGAAAAAGCAGAAACAGCUAGCUUUCCAAGCAGCCAACCAAAAGUCAAAAAGAGUAAAGAACUCAAAGAGAUGGAACUGAUUUCGUUUUCAUUACGUUGUAGUUCAUGUAGUUCCACCUCCUGUUUUUAGUAUUUGUCAAUUUGUUGAAGUCCUAUCAGCAAACAUUGUUUUCGUCUACCUGUAUAUAAUCCUAUAUGAUCAAAUGAGAGAGGUGCUUAUUGUAAAAAAUGAGAAUGAAAACAAUGCAUUGAAUUUGAGAUCUAAUUCUAAAAGUAACAGUGCUAAAAAGGGAUGAAAGAUAAAACAAUGACAAAUUUGUACCACCUCUGCGGCUCUGCCCCUUAAUGAAUGUCUUAUUUUAGCUUGACAUGAUUACUAAUAAAGUGGUGAAAAAUAAA